AUGCGUCGACACUUCAACAUCAACCUCUCAGCGGCCUGACACGAUCGUAGAGGGCUCUAAAUCACCCGACAAAGGAGGACUCAAUUCAACUUCUGCCUAACCUUUCGUCGCAGCUACAUUCAACAUGGGCCGUCUGGAAGGGAAGAACUGCAUCAUCACCGGAGGCGCUGGUGGCAUCGGCUUGGAGACUGCCGUACUUUUCGCCCGUGAAGGCGCCAACAUCCUCAUCUCUGACAUUUCCGGACCUGCGCUGGAUAAGGCCGUCGCCAAACUGAAGGAAAUCGUCCCGGAAGCCAAGAGGAUUGAGACAAAAAUCAUCGACGUGUCCAAAGAAGCCGACGUCAAAGCCAUGGUCGAGCACGUGGACUCUUGGGGCGGCCUUGAUGUCAUCUUCAACAACGCCGGCAUCAUGCAUGCUGAUGAUGCGGACGCUAUCGACACUCCAGAAAAGAUCUGGGAUCUUACGCAGGCAAUCAACGUCAAGGGUGUCUGGUUUGGGAGCAAGUAUGCGGUCCUAAGCUUCAGGAAGCACGGGAAGAAGAAGGCUUCCGUCAUCAACACAGCCAGUGUUGUAGCUCUGGUCGGGAGCGCCACUCCACAGCUUGCGUAUACCGCUAGCAAGGGUGCGGUUCUCGCUUUGACGAGAGAGUUGGCCAUUUGCCACGCUCGAGAAGGGUUCCGCUUCAACGCUCUGUGCCCGGCUCCACUCAAUACUCCUCUUCUGCAAGACUGGCUCGGGGAUGAUGCAGUAAAGCGCGCCCGUCGUGAAGUCCACUUUCCCACGGGCCGCUUCGGAGAAGCCAUCGAGCAGGCGCAGGCCGUUCUAUUCUUAGCAAGCGAUGAGAGCAGCUUCGUCAAUGGCACAGAUUUCGUUGUUGAUGGCGGGAUGACAAGGUGCUACAUCACGCCCGAGGGACCGCCAACCGAGCCGCCGCCGAACAACGCACGCUAACGAAACUGGCCACGAAACCGACCACGAAACUGGCGAUGAAACUUGCCAACAGGUACAACCGAUCACGGGAGGCGCUUGCAUACCUCCAAGAGGAAGGAUGAAGUGUGGACACCGGACUAAGCAAUCUUGCGAGUCGAGAGGGAAUAGAGAUUGGCCAAGUAUCUCUUUACUAAGGGACAUUCGAGUAACUCACUAGAAGAAUAGAUCCCCUUAACAAAUGAAACGCCCUAUCAGAGCCUCCGAUUGCGCCGCAGGCAACCAUGAGCCAUUAUUCUCGUCC